AUGGAGCCCUCUCUUUCACCCUCUUAUCCCCAAUCCCCACUCAACAGUUCUUUCCCGAGCCCACUGCCAACUUCUGGCCCCCAGCAAGCCCCCAGCAUCAUCUCGUCUCGGAUGACAGAUAUUGCGUCGGAAGAUGGUAACGAAUUCCAAAAACAAGUGCAAGCCACUGGUGGUAGGCCAAAUACAGCGGCUUCGGUCGAUCCGAAUCGCCCAGGCUCGGCCAUGUCAUCGCAAACUCGUCCUUCAACGCGGGCACCUCCAUCUCGAAGAGGUUUGGGUUCGCCUACUACAAUAGCUUCAUGGAGAAUGGGUGGAGCCUUUGAAGGACCCGGAGGAUCCAUGACGAAUUCAAGCAGGCCUCCUAGUGCGACUAGUCGGACAAGUCGAACACAUGUACCCUCAUUGGCCUCACAUGCUUUCUUUCGACCUAUGAGCUCGCAACGCUUGCAAGCCCAACGAGGCUUCCGACCGGCAAGAGUAGGACCGCCAUCAGCGAGCGUAGAUGGAUCCAGCGAGGCAGGCACCAAUACCAAUAGGCAUAGUAUGGUCUCGGAUGCGACGUCACAGCAAGGCCCCCAAAUUCAACACAACAACGACAUACCUCCGCCGUCGAGAGGAACGGAAUUUACGGAGCAAGAUGAUGGAGUUGCGAUCAAUGCGAGUCCUACCGAAAAUGCAACGCUUCAAAUCAAGGGCGAGAGUGAAAGACCGCUUCGAAGCCGCUCGCCGCACUCGAGACCAAUGCAACUAGACAUUGAUAAUCAAGGCAAUGGAUCACCAAAGUCUUUUCGAGCAAAUUUCCACCGAGCUGCAAUUACGCGAAAGGAAACGCAAGGCCACGAACGUCUUUCGUCGUCAAACAAUUCUCCAACAUUUGCAAAGAAGCUACCGGAAGCUGCUCCUAAAACUGGCAUCAACUACCAAUACUUUUCUGGGAAUACCGUCUUUUGCUGGGGAGGAAGGUUACAGAAUGCUAGAGAUAGACCUAUCAACCUCGCGAGCGGAAUCAUUGUGGUAUUACCCACUAUUCUUUUCCUUGUAUACUCGAAUUAUCGGUAUUUCUUUACCUUUGUGAGCUCAGGCACCCUCCUUGGUAUUUUCCUCACCUUCGCCAGCCUCGGACACUGCUUGCGAUAUCAGACGGAACAAAGAACAUCGUUCAGUGAUUCUAUCCACAAGUGGAGGAUACCGUUCGCCAUGUUCAUAUAUGGCCUGCUAGCCACGCCUUAUCCUGCAUGCCUCUGGGGUUAUCAUUUAUGGUUGAUUGCGCGAGGGGAGACUACGAGAGAGUACCUGAACUCUCACAAGUUUGUCAAGAAUGAUCGCCAUCGACCAUUUACCCAAGUUAGCGCUUUCAAGAAUUGGGUUGUUGUGCUUCUUAGGCCAAGACCGCCGACGUAUCUCCGUUUCAAGCAGAAGUAUGAAGAAGGAGAUCAACGUUUCGGGGCUAGAAGAGGUAAGAGGCAAGCACCUCUCGCGGCAGACCAACAAGGCGGAGGAAUGGAGCUGCAAGACGUUGGUGGAACGAGCCAUAUCGACCAGUGA